AUGGCCAACAUGAGCGUUUGGAAGACAUGGACAAUUGACGUCAUAGACAGUUUGAAGGCCGUACCUGCAGUUCUUGAGAACAAAGUCCUUUAUGCUGUUCCAUCGUGUUUGAAGAAUGACCAGACAGAGGUAUUCUACCAUCCUAAACAGAUCUCCUUCGGUCCUCGACAUUUUGUUCUUUCUGGUCGCUCAGAAAAUUUCAGUGACUCGGAAAAUUUCAAGUCAGAAGUCGCCCGCAAAUUUCCUGAGCAGUUCGAAUCGUUAGUGGAGAAUCUUAAAAGCAAUCACGUGGAGCGCUUAGAGAAAAUCUAUGGCAUAGAAGUCAUCGGCAGAUUUCCCGAAGAAGAUAGGGAUGUUGGCCUUUCCUGGCUGUUGGCAAGAGACGGCUGCUUCCUUCUAGAAGUCCUCCAAAGUUUUGAAGAUGGAAGAAAUGAGGAAGGCACGGAAAGAAAUCAGGGACAGGAAGGGACAGGAACAAAUCACGGAGAGAAGACCAUGUUGCAGCAUAUUCUUAAGAGGGACAAUCACCACCCUUUGUUGAACGAAAUAGUGAAAGAUAUGUUCAAGUUGGAGAAUCAGUUGCCACUCCGGAUUUUAGACGAUAUAAGGCCGCAUCUGAGGAGUGACGGGGAAGCUAACUGGUUUGAGUCUGCAUUGAAAAACUUAUCUCCCAUUGAGGUAAGGCCGGAAGUUGGCAGACCGACCUACAAGAACAAAAUUCAUAUCCUCCAGAUGCUUGGUCAAUAUAUGAUCGACAAUAUAGAAGACCCAUCUCCUACUACAGAGCAUACAGAGGCAAAUCCUAAUAAUGAAGCUGAGGAUAAAGCACUCCUGGAUGCAAGGCGAGAUGCUCAGAGAAAUAAAAAGAAGCUAUUCAAAUAUAUAAUUAAUAUGCUAAAGUUCGUAUUUGUUGUAAUAUUUGUUCUUCUCAUUUCUCCUGUUUUAAUCAUAUGGUUUGUAUGGUUACUCAUCUGGUUAAUGAGGGAAUCCUAUCGAACUUACUUGCGGGGUAGAGCAGAGGAGGAUGGCCGUCACGUUCCAACUAUAGAAGAGUUGCAUAGGAUAGGAGUGAAAUUCAAGGCAUUGAAGGGCGAAGGAAUCAGCCACAUACAUUUCAAUGAGAGCAAGUCAACACUGCACCUGCCUAAGUUCACCGUAGACGACAGGUCGGAGGUGAUACUGAGAAACCUUUUGGUGAUGGAGACGCAAUGGGAGGAUAAAGAGAAAAUAAUAACGAGGUAUGUGGUGUUCAUGAACGACCUUAUUAACACCAGUGAGGACGUGGCUCGGUUGAGGCGACGAGGCAUCAUCGCCAAAAAGCUUGGAAGCGACGAAGAUGUGGCUCGGCUCUGGAACAGUGUCACUGUUCCGGCAACCGACAUACCAAGUUAUGAAAAGAUUGACAUGGUUUCAGAAUCUAUAAAUGCUUACCGAAGAAAAUGGUGGAGGGUUCUGUGGGCUCAAUUUUGCAACGCCCACUGUUCUAAGCAAUGGUUAGUCGCUUCUCUUCUCGGAGGAAUCUCCCUUCUUGUACAGGUCGUUUGCUUAUUUAACAACUGUUCAAAUUCGGGUGAGUGGCUUAAAAUCAUUAAAAAAACUGCGUAUUUAUUUAGGUCUGUUUAG